UGCCUAAGAAUAUCGAAACUAGACAUCUCACACCGUGCUCUUGCUUCCUAACGAGUUACGAGGUUUUGAAACUGCCGUCUUACCUGUUGGAGAUACCGUUCCGCUGUUAAUAUUGUGAUGGUUGUUGGGGGCUCAAGUCCUGGCAUUUUUAGUGUUCUCUGUUCUCCUGUAAUUGGGUCUAGAUCCGUUAAUCGAAUAUAAAAACAUAGUUCAAACUGUCAAUCCUAGCUAGACGGGAGUUAGUUGUAUUCGGAAUCCGGAGCAUGUCCUGGUGGAGCAGCACAUGUAGACAAUGGGCCGAGGUGUCUUGGCGGCCGAUAAGCCGUAUACGGGAGGGACUCUUCUCCAACUUGGAACUCCUGGUCACUCCUGAUCCCAAACAACUCCCCCAAGCUCACCUCCAAAAUGGCCGACGACCAAUCCCGCAAGGCGUUCAUCAUCAAGCACAUGAACAAUGACCAUGCCCGCUCUCUCUCCCUCUACCUCCGCGCCUACUGCGCCGUCUCCGCGAGUGCCGCCCAAUCCCCAACCCUCGAAGACCUCCGUCUCACAGACAUGAUCAUAUCUGCCCGGGGCUCCCGCUACAUAAUCCCCUUCACGCCGCCACUCGCCUCCUUAAGCGAAACCCGCGCCCGCGUCGUGGCCAUGCACAAGGAAUCCCUGCGCCGGCUCAAUCUCUCCGACACAAAAGUCACCUCUUACAUCCCACCGCAGGGCGCGCAGGUAAUCGGGUUCGCACUCUGCCUCGCCACGCUGGUUGGGUACUCGCGCCGCGCGAAUUUCGAACCGGGAUCGCUGCUCUACGAUACCUUGGACUUGGGGGCCAGGUUUCCUGGGUUUACGGAGUUUAGUGUCAAGUGGCAGCCGUGGGUGUUUGGGUCUCUUGCGGGCGCGCAUGCGUUUGAGGCGGUCUUUCUUCUGGGCUGGAUGAGGCUGAGGAAGCAUGGGGUUAAGAUUUUUUCGGGGCUUUGGUGGACGUGGAUGGUGCUUGGGUUUGUGGAGGGGUUUCCGGCUUGGAUGAGGUUUGAUGCGGAGGUGAAGAGGAUUGAGAGUGAGGGUGAGCAUGAGAAGAGUACCUGAGAGUACUUGAUUGACGGGGUUAUGUUGUUGUAUAGUGUACAUAGAGGGGAGUAGAAGGUAGAAUUGAGUAAAUAAAGAGAUAUCGUGUUAAGAGGGUCACUGUAUGGCUGACUUGGGUAGAACUGUCAAUGUGCAUUCAUCAUGGAGCUGUGUUAGACAAUGUAAAUGCUAUCAUAUGGGAAGCGUGAACAGUGAACCAU